GAUAAGGAAUACGUUAAUACUGAAUUAAAUAAGAAGGCAAAUUUAGUUUAUGUUGAUGAAAAAGAUAAUGAAAUUAAAGAAAAGGUUGAAUGGUAUCAUGAAUGGACAUUGGAGACUUUUAAAGUUAAAGCUGAUACAGAAUGGGUUUCAGGAUGUUUAGACCUUAAAGCAGAUAAAACUUAUGUUAACGAUGAGUUAGAGAAGAAAGCAGAUAAAACAGAGCUUCAAACAUUAAAGACUGAAAUACUUCAAACAUUAUAUCCUAUAGGCUCUAUUUAUACAUCAAUGAACUCAACAAAUCCCGCAACAGUUCUGGGUUUUGGUACAUGGCAGCAGAUUGUAGACAAAUUCUUAUACUGUGCUAACUCUUCAAAGCAAACAGGAGGCUCAAAGAAAAUUUUAGAAGCAAACUUACCCGCGCACACUCAUACAGGAACGACAAACUUUUCUGGCGACCAUAUACACUCAUUAAGAGACCACCCAUUAUACAACUCAGACUAUGAAGCCGGUCAUGAUGUUUUAUCUCCAGCUUAUAACGAUUCAACAAAAAAGACUUUUCGACCAACUGAACCAGGAGGAAAUCAUUCACACACUUUCACAACAAAUCCAACAGGCUCGGGUGAAGAUUAUAUGCCACCAUUUAUGACUGUAUUCGCAUGGUUCAGAGCUGCUUAA